AUAGAAGGGAGAGGGAAAAGAGAACUUUAUAAAGACCGUCUCUGUUUUUGCUCUUCCUUAUCUCUCUCUUAAAAUUCUUCUGAGAAGAAAAGAGAAAGGAAGAGAGAGAUGCCAACAGAGCUGCCGGAAGGUUUCCCAUUCUCGGUAGACACAUGGUCUACUAGUUCAAUGAGGAAGCGUUAUCAUUUCCUCACUCACGCCCACACAGACCAUUGCAAGGGAAUCUACCACCGUUCCUCUUCCCCAAUCUACUCCACCCAUCUCACCAAAACCCUCGUUCUUCAUCAAUUCCCACAUGUUGACGAUUCACGUUUUGUCGAAAUUGAAGUGGGCCAAUCGGUGGUUAUCGACGAUCCUGAUGGCACUUUCUCCGUAUCAGCUUUCGAUGCCAACCACUGCCCAGGAGCAGUCAUGUUCUUGUUCGAAGGUAGCUUUGGUAAUAUUCUGCAUACAGGAGAUUGCAGACUCACCCCUGACUGCCUACGAAAGUUACCUAUGAAAUACAGAAGAGAGACUAACAGUCGCCUUGACUACCUAUACCUGGAUUGCACGUUUGCUAGCUACUCUCUAACGUUCCCAAGCAGUCAUUCAGCAAUCCAACAGGUGAUUAAUUGCAUAAGGAAGCACCCAAAUGCCCGUUUUGUGUAUCUAGCCUGUGAUCUUCUUGGCCAUGAAGAGAUACUCGAGGAAGUAUCCCGAACAUUCCAAUCCAAGAUAUAUGUUGAUGAGACCAAACAUGCUAAAUGCUUUCAAGAUCUUAAACUCACAGCUCCACACAUUCUGUCCCCAGAUGCAUCUACUCGUUUCCAGAUAUUUAAAGGAUUUCCCAAACUGCAUGAAAGAGCAAAACCAAUACUCGAAAAGGCACAAUCGAAUCUUCAACCAGAGCCCCUCUUUAUCCGCCCAUCUACACAAUGGUAUGUAUGUAAAGACCUUUCAGAGACUGAAAAGCGAGGUAAGAUGAGAUUUAAGGAAGCAGAGAGAGACCAGUUUGGUGUUUGGCAUGUCUGUUACUCAAUGCACUCAUCCAAAGAAGAGUUGGAAUGGGCUUUGCAACUUCUCCAACCCAAACAGGUCAUCUUUACAGCCCCUUACAGUGCUAUGGAGCUCGAUUAUGUCAAAAAUAAUUGUUUCAACAAUGAAGCAAGUAUGAUCCCUCCUGAUGAGUUUUCUGAAAGAAGAUCGCUUCGGACGAGUUUUCCACAAUGGGCGGAGAAUGAUCCCUGGUUAUUAGCAGAGGAGAGAAUUCUCCUUCAAGGGCCUAAUGAAAAUGAUAUUGUGGUUGCUGUGAAGGAGGAAGAUGGCAUCCUCUGGCGAAUGUUUCUACAAAAACUUGAAAACGUCCAUCAAUCGGCCAGAGCCCAUCAUCUUCCAUGGUACAAGCGACAGAGAUCAUGUACUCGCUACCAGAGAUAAGGAUGGUUCGGGCUUAUGGAAGAUGGAGCUUAUCCAAUAGAUCCCAAAGACUCUGGUCCAAGCUUUGCUAAUACCCCUCCAUAUUAACCAGGAGGUCCUAGGUAGCAACACUCAGGAUAAAGAAUGGGAUCCUGAUCAAAAUAAGAAAUCUAAAGGUCGGAGCACCUAUACCACUCAAAAUCACUUGGAUUUGCCAACUUUUUUUUACGGAUAGAUUCCCUCUCUUGGGUCCUUAGCCUAGGCAAUGAACCCACCCCGCUCUACCUUUCCUGCCCCUCCUCUCCCAUUCCAACCCCUUCCUUCUCCCCUCCUCUCCCAACCUAACCCCUUCCACCUACCCACCUUGCACCAUUCUCAGUGUCUAGAUCUAUAGCUAGCAUCUCUUGCAUUACGAUCUUACCAUUGGUGGCUAGUCAAGGUUCUUGACGUAAGGAUGAACGUGAUGAGUUCAAUCACCAUCUUCCUCAAGGAUAACUACUUCGAAUCCAUGAAGCUUCUCUGGAUCUUCACAUAGACUUUUCAAAUCUACGAGGAAAAAUAGAAACUAGAAAUAAUUCUAGAAAUUCAAAAUAAAUUUAUUGAUGAUGGAUAGACCUUUAAUUGCCGAAAUGGAUGAUAUUACCUUGGAUAGCCAAGCAUUUUCUCAACCAUGUUGAAGGUUGGAGUUUGAUAUUGAAAUAGAUGAUCGAGAAGCAAACUAACAAAUAAACUACAAAGAAGCAAAAGAAUAUGUACUUCUUAACACAGAUGAAGUACCAAAAGUAGGAAUGGAGUUUACUUCUGACAGGAGUGCAUACGUGUUUUACAAUUGGUAUGCUAAGAAGGUACGGUUCAAUGUUCGAACCUUAGGUUUGGCAUAUCUACUAAAAUGUUGCCAAACACCUUAAUAAUGUAUUUCAAAGUUAAGUUGUUAUAAACAUUAUUUUAGUAGGAGCAUGUAUGAUUAUGAGGUGGAUGAUGAGUUUAUAACCGCAUAUGGAAUAACGUACUCGAGAAGUAUGAUUUAACGCAAAACAAGUGAGUAAAUGGUAUGUUUAAAGAAAGACAACAGGCUUUGGUUUAUGGAAGAAAUAUAUUAUGUGCUGACAUGAAGAGCACACAACAAAUUGAGAGCAUGAAUAGCUUAUUGAAAAAAUAUUUGAACUGUAAAUAUGAUCUAUUGCAUUUUUUCACUUUUAUGAGUGGGUAGCGGCUGAUUGACGAUAUGAGGAAUCCAAUGUUAAUUUCAAAAUGUUAAGUACUUUGGUAAUGUGUCUUAGUGCAAUGAUGUUGAAGGAAGCCGCAAAAGCGUAUACUCCAGAAAUGUUUGAAAUAUUUCAAGACGAGUAUAAAAAAAAUUCUUAAUCAUUCAAUUUAUAAAUGUGGUAAGUCUGGCAUGUUGUAGAGUUUCGAGUUACUUAUAACAACAAAUAUGAAGGAUGUACUGUUAAAUUUGACUCAUUAAACAAUACAAUGACAUGUAGCUGCAAGAAAUUCGAGUUUGUAGGAAUCUUAUGUACCCAUGAAUUAAAAGUUUUAGAUAAUUAAAAUGUAAAGGUGCUUCAUCCUCAUUAUAUUUUGAAGAGACGGUAAAGAGAUACAAAUGAUGGUUUUGCUAGAGAUUAUACCGGGUUAACAGUUCAAGGUAAGCGGUGCAAAUAUUUGUCUCCCACGCUUUUUUAAAAUUGUAGCAGUAGAUGGAGAAUACAACGAGGCCUUCAAAUUUACUGAUGGAUAUGCAAACCAAUUUUACGACGAAGGGGCAUGUAUUUUAGAAUCGUUGUGAUGUCUUUCUGUUUGUGAUGGUGAGAGGUGAUGAUGCUGGUACUAUCAGGGGAUGUGAUUCUAUCUGUGUUGUGGUGGUUUUUGUUGGUGCCUUGUGGGUUGUGGGAAGAUUUGUAGGAGGCUAAUUUAGGGCUGUUUGGUGGUUGGGAGGCUGAUUUUUUCUGACUACUCUUUGUUGCUAAGGACUUAUGUUUGACGUCAAUUGGGAGGGCAUUUGCAAAGCUUUAUGCUGAUUGAUUCUAUGUGGCUCUGUUUUUUUGUUGGUAUCUAUUUAUAGAUGUUUUUGGGCCUUCGGAUUUAUUUUUGAUUUGGGCCUAUUCUGAUUUUAUUUUAGCCAAUCAAGGUUGUGGUAUAUGAUAGGUGAGGCCCAUUUCGUUUUUUGUGGCACCCACUUGAAUUUUUGUUAAACCUUUUGUUAUUUUAAUGAAAAUUACAUGUGGUGUGCUCCUACCUAAUUA